AUGAAGUCAUCCCCGUGCAUCCGUUCUCGAGAACCCAACGAGAACGACAACUCCAGCUAUAAAUCUCUUUGUACUGCCUUCGAUAACCGGCUUCGUUUAUUUAUGAACACGGAAUUAUUUCCUGUGAACAACGAACGCGAACAAGAUCACAUUCCGGCUGCACAGAAUGGAAUGCAGAGCCAGUUUGGGGCACCUUUGAGGCUCGGAGGCAAUGCUGACGCAAGGGUACUCACACUCACGGUUGUCACUUCCCACACAGAUAAUCUUGCCGAUGCCCCAAAUGCAGCUCUUGGGACACCUUCGUCGUCGGUGACGGCCCCUCUUGCAACGUGUGCGCACACCGUUGCCGUCGAUUCCCCACGUCCACGACGCGGUCGACCUCCUGGAUCCGGGUACAAACAAAAGCGAGCGGCUGCACUAGCGUUAGAGGGAGUAGCGCCGCCUGCAAAACGUCCACGAGGAAGGCCAAAAAAACAGAAGUUGGCAUCUCCUGCAGUGUCGAUCGAAUUCAGGACAUCGACAAAUCCUGGUACUAGCAGGAUAACACCUCCAGCUUUGCUUGCCCCACCUUAUUCCUUUGUUCCACCAUCCCGCAGUUCAAAUCAUAGUCCCAGACCCAGUGUACCGCCUCAACUGCACAGCGGCCAGUUGGUUGCAUCCAAUCCCUGCACCACACGUCCGCCACCAUCUACCCACACAACGCCUCCACAUGAUACAAUUAUUGGUAGUGAAGAUCCACAGCGCGAAAUUGUGCCGCUGGAUGAUGACGAUGCAUCUGGAGAUGGUGUUGGUGUCGAAGAUGAUUUGGAUGACGAUGAAGAUUGCCCUUCACCUUUGUCUUCUGGAGCUCCCAUGGUAAAGCCGUUACCCGAGUGGCUGAUGGAGCAAUUUCGACAACAUCUCAAAGAGUCGCGGCAACGCGACGCAAAUGGUCUGCCUCCAUUAUAUGCCAAUCAACACACAUUUUGGUUUCCGACAAAAUCGGUUUAUUUCAUUCUUCGAAACUCGUCGCACCCAUCACCUCCCGAUUGCUAUGACUCUCGAUUUAUGCUCUGGGAUCCCCUUCCUCUUUGCAACGACGGUAUCUCUUGCCCCAAGUGCGGAAGACGCUUGCAACGGCAUUCUGAAAUUCCACGUCCUCGUCGAUGUGUUGAUAUGGACUCAACAUUCUAUAUUAUCGGAUAUCGUUACCGUUGCCCCACAUGUAUUUAUUCAAAACCUGGAACACGUACAGUCACAUUUCGAAGUUGGGAUCCCGAGAUCCUUAAAAUGCUUCCUUCAUCACUGGCUGCUGAGUUUCCAGCAAGAAUAAGUUAUCGUAGUGCCAUAUCCAAGACAGCGUUUAAUUGGUUGAGAACCUGUAUUCAGAAUGGUAUGGGAACAAAGCAAUUUUCCGACGGUUUGCGUACACAGCAUCUGCUUCGACAUGACCUGCUCAAUCUGCAGUAUCUGACACACCUUUGCGAACGAAGAAACACAUUGGAUGGCACCUGGAAUAACAGAAAAUUUGAAUCCUUUCUGCCCUUCAAUGACACAAGCCCAAGAGGACGUCAUGGAUAUAUUCCUAGUGCCCAAUGGAUUCGAGAUAUGUAUGACUCGUUUAUUGAAAAGCACGGCCACGAUUUCAACCAGCACACGGCGAUGUUGACGGGUGAGAUAUGUGCUAUUGACCAUAGCCACAAAAUUACAAAACACUUAGCCCGUGUCGAAGGUGAACAGGUUUUCACUGGCCUUCUUACGGUAACCAAUGAAAAAGGCGAAAUAAGGACGUGCAAUCUUGUUGCAACCAAAGCGCAAUCACAAUCUGAAUUGCCUUUGAAAGCCAUGGCAAAGUCUCUUGAUCUUUACGGUCACUCCCAGCCUCAACUUUUCUUCACCGAUAAUAUCACCGAUAAGGCAUUCUUGGAGCGGUGCUUCCCUUCUCUUCGAGCCGGUGUAGUGCCAGUUGAAAAGUAUGCAGAUUUGGAGCCCUUUGAACUUCCUCCGCAGGUCAAGCUUCUUCCCAAGGAUUCACCACACUCAAUCAAUGAUGCUGCACGAUCUAUUCUCGAUGAUGUUCCCCAGGAUCAGGGAUAUAUUGCUGUUGGUUUUGAUUCUGAAUGGAAUGUAGAGCUUUCGUCUCGUGGUCACGUGACCCAUCGUGGCAAGACAGCGAUUAUACAAAUUGCUUAUCAGGAUUGCAUAUAUGUGCUUCAGAUUAGUGAAAUGCUUGCAAAGGGGGACCUGCCACAUCAACUAAAGCUGUUACUCGCUCAUCCACGAAUUUUGAAAGUGGGUCGGAUGAUCAAAUCUGACCUCUCUUAUCUCCAAAAAGCCUCUAACUCGUCGUAUGACUUUGUCGGGGGAGUUGAUCUUGGAAAACUUGCCAAAGAUCGCCUUUUAAUAUCAAAUAUUUCAAAAACAAGUCUGGCAGAUCUGUGUGCACGGAUUUUGCAUAAACGUCUCGACAAAAAUGUACCAGAACGAAUCAGUAACUUGUGGGAGAAUAUUGUUUUGUCCCCCGAGCAGUUAAGCUAUGCUGCAAAAGAUGCAUACGCUUCGCUCUGCCUCUACAAAGAAAUGCAAAACAUCAAAGUGCCAUCUCUACUCCCAUCAUUGGUGGAACCUUGCAUGCCGGUCAUUCUCUUCAGCAACGAUAACACUACAAUCAUUGCAGAAGGUCAAAUAUCACGUCACGCCCGAAGCCAAACAUAUGAUGGAAUCAAAGUUUCUGCACGGAGAACAGUUAUUGAUGUUCUCAAAGUUCUUGUUCCGGGUGCGAUUAUUCCACAGCAUCGUCGGCAAACUCUGAAAUCGUUUGGCCAAACACCGUUUUCGAUAGUCUGCUUACAGAGCCAUCUUCGACUUUAUGAUCCUGCCGCCUCAUCAACAAGGACAAUCAAAUUUUGUGAAUCUGCCAGCUCCGAGCCUGAAACCGAAACCCCCUAUGAAUCUGCAAGCAUUUUUCAGGAUGCUGAUUCCGAAUGUGACUUUGCUGCACCCAAUGAUUCAGAGCCUUCUUGCUCGGUUGGGGAUCUCUUAUCUGAUGACCUCUCUGAAGGAUGUUCUACUGAUUCUGUGCAAGGCUUUGAGGUUGAUCCUGAAAGUGUGUUAUUCUGCAAGGAGUACUUGGGAAAAGAUCCAGAUCAGUGGGAUUAUACACUGCACAGUCGUGUCAUCAAGGACGUGUGGCAUGUUUUCCACAUGUUCUACAUUCCCGCCACUCAUGGGCUCCGAAAGCAGUUUACUCGUGAUCUGCGCGAUGCAAUCUUUAUUCCUGAUAAAGAUGACAAGGAUCGUAUUGACGCAAUUGGUGCAACGUGGUCUCCACCUCAAACAUAUGAGCAGCUACGAAAUUCACGCUCAGAAUGGGUACGUCAACGAUGCAAGCACCAUAUUCCAUCACCACAUAUUGUCUAUGAAUAUCUUGCCAAAGUCUUUCGCACAUAUGGUCCCUUGAGGGAUCCCAAAACCAAAAAGCCCCUGUUUUCAGUGGAAGGCUGGAAAACUGCCAAAUGUAUUCUUGAACUUGCUAUAGGAGGAUAUUUAUCUGAUCCUCCUGGAAUUCCUUUGUAUACACGAAUUGGGACCGACAAAUCAACAGGCCUUCCCAUAUACAGAUGUGCCCGUGGUACAAAUACAACUGAAGGCGGUGUUCAUACCCAUAUACGGUCCCGCUUGCCAAAGUUUGGCACGUCUUUCCGACAUAUGCAGGCUUGUCUUAAGGACUUUGUUCUUCGGCACAAUCUCCAGACGGGUACAUACAACUCUACUGGCCAACCAUAUCGAAGUCAUUUCUCGAUAUGGAUCAUAAACAAACUCCAGGAACUUACAAUUUCACUCGACAAUAUACUCAUCAACCCAGUCCAAAUUGAUGGCUGGGUCAAUGGCAACCUCUAUUCGCCAACGACUGAAGUUCUUGGGAUUCUGCCUAUUCCAGAAAGCAUUCGAACGGCCACAGGCAUGCUUCCAUAUAAUUCAAAUACUGUUAUUCCUAAUCAGCCACAAAUGCAUCAGUAUCUUGCCAAUAUUCAGGGCACUCGAAAGCCUGUGCUACCUGUUCAUACAGCAACGGAAAAGAAGCUCUUCCAUGAUCUGAUCAAAAGUCACGCUGCCUUUAGUCCGGUGUCUGGAGAGCCACAAUGGCGAGAUGCAGUUCCAGUAUGGAAUGCAAAGGCUGACAUAACAAAUGAUGUCUCUUACAAGCUUGUUGAGCAAUUGAGCGCAUAUUAUAAUAAAUGGAAAACACUUUCACACAUCCACGAAACUCUGUCUCUUACUGCAGAUAUCCGUGGACCACUCUCAAUCAUCAUUCACGACCCAUCACGUUCACGAAAAGCACCUGUUGUACCUUUCAAACCGUGCCCACAACCUCUCACUGCUUGCGAAGGCUUGCUAGAAACCAAUGAUAAUGGAAAUCGCAUGUUGGCACCGUUGCCCAUUACAACAAAUGCCAUGCAUGUUGACUCGGAUUUACCAAGUCAACAGCUUUCUCGCGAUGACAUGGCAAGCCGGGACAUUGAAUUUUGGCGCGAAACAGAUGUUAUUUCAGCUCCUCAACAACUCGAACAUCAGCAAAUGUGCCCUACCUCGCCUAGAAGCCAUCAAUUACAGAACAAAAUCAUUAUGGAGAAGCUUGCGCGUCAACGAGUGGUUGAAUCACUCCAGAAAACAAAGCCAAUCAAAAAGCCACGAAAACGGCGGACGUGCCGCAAAUGUGGCCAAAGAGACUGCUCCGGAAGCAGCAACGUUAACCUGUGUCGCAACCGCUGUCAAGAUUGCGGCCAAUACAAUAGCUGCAAAGGCAGAAAUACAAAGAGACCCACGAAGAAGUGUUAUGAGGGAUGGAAUUAA